UGCUUCGAAUUCUACAAAAAAGAGUCCAGCCAACGCCAUUUUAAUAAAGAUAAUCUUUGAAUUAAUAAUUAUAAAUAAAUAAUUUAUUUAUUUUAUUAAUUAAUUUAUUUAUUAAUAAAAACCCAGAUGUCAAAUUUAUUAAAUGGAUAAAAAUGACUGUGAUAUUGGUUUGUAAAAAAGUAAAUACUGUUUAUUUUAUUUAAUUUAAAAGAAUAGACGUUAAAAAUCAUGUCGUCGAAAGAAGUUGUUGAUGGUACCGGUUCGGAUGGACCCAGUGAGCCGAAAAGAUUUAAAACAACCGAUGAGAAAGAAGAGUGUGAACGUGAACCGAAGAGAUUAAAAACAAGCCAUGAAAAAGAAGUGUGUGAAAGUGAACCUGGUGCUGAUAAAUCUGAUGACACGUCAGAGGCACCAGUAAAUCGUUUAAGUGGUAAAAGUAAACCGGAGCAAGAUGACGAAAAGAAAGAGAGUCUGCUAAAUAUUGGACAGGAUUUGAGCGUAUCCAGUGCCUCGGCAACAUCAAACCUUGAAGCUACUGGUGUUCAUGCAGAAGUUGUCGCUGAACACUACAAUGCUAUUCCAGAGAGAGGUUUGACCCACAGAACCCAGAGCAGGAUUUUUUUUAUGAGAAAUUUUAAUAACUGGAUGAAAAGUAUGCUGAUAAAUGAAUACCUGGUGAAGAUAAAAGACGCAUUACCACAUGGUACUCCAGUUAAAGUACUCGACAUGUGUUGUGGUAAAGGUGGCGAUCUUUAUAAAUGGAAGCAAGGAGUCAUAUCACAUUUAAUAUGCACUGACAUUGCUGAUAUGUCUGUACAGCAAUGCGAGAGUCGGUAUAAAGAUGUUGCUAAUCAAGCGAAUAAUAAUCGUGGUUAUGCUAAAAUUUUUAGCGCUGAAUUUAUUGCUGCUGAUUGUACGAAGGUACGUUUAAGAGAAAAAUAUAAAGACGCAAGUAUCCAACUUGAUUUAGUAAGUUGUCAAUUUGCUUUACAUUAUAGUUUUGAAAGCUUACCGCAAGCUGAAUGUAUGAUAAGAAAUGCCAGUGAGAGUCUUAAACCUGGUGGUUAUUUUAUUGCGACCAUUCCAAACGCUAAUGAUCUCGUAUAUCAAUGGAGACAAGCAGACGGUAAUAAAUUUGGAAAUAGUGUGUACAGUGUUGAGUUUUUAUGUGACAAAGAAAAUAUACCAUUGUUUGGUGCUAAGUACAAUUUCCACCUCGAAGGUGUUGUCGACUGUCCAGAAUUCCUUAUCAACAUUACAGUAUUAAAAAAACUUGCCGCUAAAUUCGGGCUUGAGUUUCUGUCGUUUGAGCGAUUCAAUGAAUUUUACACGCGAUGUAACGCUGAUGGUAAAUCUUUGUUAGCUAAAAUGCAAGCUAUGGAAUCAUAUCCGCCAUAUCAUGAAGCCGAGUUGAAGGGUAACAAUCCUGAUGACUAUCAACAUGCCAUCCAGUAUAUGCAAAAUAAGCCUGACCAUCGUAAAAUUGGUACUCUCACACUUUCCGAAUGGGAAGCAUCAUCUCUGUACGGCGUGAUAGCCUUUAAAAAAAUGAAAACCUCAUGGAAUAGUGAAGGGAAACCCGAAUAUUCAAAAGCGUGAGAAUUUAAUUUUAUAAAAAAUAAAAAAUAAAAAAAAAAAUAAAUAAAAUGUGUUUUUUAUAUUGAUAAUAAAGACUAGAUUUAAUAAAAAAAAAUUAUUUGCAUAAAUAAGUGGAAUGUACAAUUAUUGAAAUAAAUAAUUUUUCUCAA